AUGACUCUGCACGGCGAUGCCGCGGCUGGUGUCCUAACGCAGGCAACGUUGGACGUCCACUUGAGGACAUGCAAGAUCGAUGCUCCUAGCACAGAGAAUGGCAAUGGAACCAUUGGCUUCACUGCACUUGCCAUAGCGGCGCGCAAUGGACAAUCUGGCGCCGUGAGGCUCCUACUAGACAAUAAUGCCAACGUCGACGCACUUUCAACUCAGCAUCGCACACCCUUGUGGACCGUGACAGCUCGGGGACGGGGUGAUAGCAGGGCUGAGAUCGUUGAUGUCUUGCUGAAGCACAAGGCAGACGCCAAGUACUCUCAUGCGAAUCUUCAAGGUGGCUCAACUCCUCUUGUGAACGAACUGAAGCAGCUCAAGGACCCCGAGGUGAUUCAGCUUCUGGUCGAUGCUAAUGGCACGACGGAUGCGGCCACCAAGCUGGCCGCCGGAAUAGGCGAUCCCACAAUCGACGACGCCAUGAAGUCCAACGAGGAUAGGACCAAACUUCGUGCAGCAGUUGUCGUUGUCGUCGUUUCGCUUAUUCAAUUCAUCCUAGCUUGGGCCAACAGCGCCGCUCUCACUGGGAUAGCCAACAAAAUCUUCACAAAGUUCAAAAUUAGCGGCAACAAAGAUAGCCCGAUGGCAAAGAAGAUUGCGGCGGAAGUCCUAGAGCCUAAGACUAAGGAAGACUUCAAAAAGGGCAUAAACGAUUUCGUCGACAGACAUAAGCUUGACAAAUUCUUCCCAGCAGGUGACAGCCCUAUACUUGAGACACUCGCCUCUAAGGCUGUCGACCUGCAGAACGACGACAAUUCUGUCCUCGGCCAGUCGACCAACGCUGAGAAUUUGGUGAAAUUUGCACUCUAUCAGCCUGUCAUAUAUUGCGAUGACAGCGGCUCAAUGAGCUCUAAGGAUGAGAACCAGAAAGAGAACCGCCUGGUCAACCAGCAGCGCCUGGUUCGGAGAAUUGCCUCGAUCUGUACCCAGGUGGUACCAGAUGGCUUCGGCGUUCACCUGCGAUUCAUAAAUAAGGAGUCGUCUGGUUCCGACAACCUUCGAUUAGGACAAGUUGAAGACAUCAUGUCCCAUAUCAAAGCCAAAGGAAAGACUGAAGUUGGGACGAAUCUGCGAAAGCGGAUUCUUGACCCGCUAGUGUACAAAGCCGACAUGGAAAGACCUAUUGUCAUCUCGAUCAUUACCGACGGUGUCCCAGAAGGCGCAGAAGGAUCUUCAGAGAAAAUGGACACGCUGAAGCAUGAGAUUCUCGAAUGCAAAGAACACUUGUUGAGAAAAGGCCUUCCUCCAAGGGCCGUGGUAUUCCAACUCAGUCAGAUUGGCAGCGACCAGAAUUCGAAAAGCUUCCUGGACGGCUUGAAGGAGGAUGACGACCUCAAGGGAAUCCUAUACGUCACCGCACGUGAGUAG